UGUACUUUUAUUCAUUUAUUGCCUUCGUCUCGCUCGUUUUUUUCUCUAGCGAAGCACAGAGCAGAGAGAUCCAAGAAAUUUUCAACUCGAAGAAUCUCUGUUCAUUUCAGAUCUAAACGACACCGUCUCAGAUUCAGUAAUCAAUCAUGUCUACUUUCAGCGGUGACGAAACUGCUCCGUUCUUCGGCUUCCUUGGCGCCGCUGCUGCCCUGGUCUUCUCAUGCAUGGGAGCAGCGUAUGGAACAGCUAAGAGUGGAGUUGGUGUGGCGUCGAUGGGAGUGAUGAGGCCUGAGUUGGUGAUGAAGUCGAUUGUUCCAGUUGUUAUGGCUUGUGUGUUGGGUAUUUAUGGGUUGAUUAUUGCGGUUAUUAUUAGUACUGGAAUUAACCCAAAGGCCAAGUCUUACUACCUUUUUGAUGGGUAUGCACAUCUCUCGUCUGGCCUUGCUUGUGGCCUUGCUGGGCUUUCUGCUGGGAUGGCCAUUGGCAUUGUUGGUGAUGCUGGUGUCAGAGCUAAUGCUCAACAGCCUAAACUUUUUGUUGGAAUGAUCCUUAUCCUCAUCUUUGCUGAAGCGUUGGCGCUGUAUGGCCUUAUUGUUGGCAUCAUCUUGUCAUCCCGUGCUGGCCAGUCCAGGGCAGAAUAAGAAGGGUGAUAGCUAACUACGGUUAUUCUUUUAUAGCUUGUCAGUCACUUAGGAGAAAGAACUGUGGUUUGCAGGUUAUUGAGGGUUGGGCAGCACUUUCAGCAUCCUCAAAUAUCUUCUCAUGGAUGUGUCUGCUCUGCCAAGCAUUUGGUGGUUUCGUUGUGCUGUUUGCAGGAGUAGGAUUCCGAUUUAUCCGCAAAAUAAAAGCUUUUCAAGCUCGCCAUGUUGGGUUCUGUCUAUGAUGUAUUUUGCAGACCAUAAAAGUGUUAUACAAACUUCAAAUCUUGACCGUUGCACCUGUGAUCAUAUUAUUUAUUGAAGUCUUAUUUUACAACUUAAAA